AUGGCCCAUACUCGAGCCCACACAGCGGCCCAGAGGGCGCUCCAAUCGCCGGCGUCACAUAAUCAAGGAAAUCGACCCCAGGGCAUCCGGCCGCGCAAAGGCAGAAAGCGUGCAAGAACUAAGUACGCCCAACGCAAUCUACACCUAACUACACCCAGUGAGACGCCGGACACACAAGAACAACCAGCGCCUGUCCAGAGCAAAGGGUGCAAGCGCAAGCACUCAAUCGAACACGCACUCGACGCAGACCCAGACCCGGACCCGAAGCGACCACGGACAUUGCCGUCACGCCCUACUGAAGACGCAUUUAGCGAGCCAGCGAUUGGCAACGGCGCCUACAAACACACCAGCCCAGUUGCUUUCUGGGUGAAGAAAGGGCGUUGGCCAGAGGAGCAGGACUGGCCUGAAGAGACCUCGGAGACAGACUUUACCAUGAACCGUCUACUUGCACGGAAGAAAUCGUCGUCCAAUCUGCGGAAGCGGUCGAUCUCUGCCACAUCCACGACGCCCAGUGACCAGAAGCCGAGGGAGGAGAAGAGUGCGCCGUAUAGGGACGUGCGGUACCCGCUCCUACUCCAGACCAAGGGCUCAUAUAUGGACAUUUCUGAGCUUGGUAUCACGGAUGCGAGCAAGCAUCUUGUUAGGGAUCUUCUCAGUGGUGAUCAACCAGUCCCCAAGGAGACGCUUUUUGACGACGAUAUCUUCGUGGAUGCUUGUCGCAACCUCGAGAAUAAGAAUGAGGCGAGGAUCAUUCAAGACAUCUCAAGGCUUAUCGUUCCUUCGGCGGAAUCGCUCACACUACGGAACAAGAAAUAUAAACGCCUUGUUGAGAGCGUUAACGAAGGGUGGAACAACUCGAUUCCUCUCACCAGCACCCGUCCCCAGCCUGACUACUCUGUUGGGUUCAGGCGAAAUGCGUUCACCGAGGACCAGCUCGCCAAGUUGUCGCCGUUCAUUGGCGACUUCAUCGCCGGAGAUCAGUCUCUCUUUAUGGCCACGUACUACAUGUACUUCCCGUUCCUGACCUGCGAGGUGAAGUGCGGCGCCGCUGCGCUCGACAUCGCAGACCGGCAGAACGCCCACAGCAUGACCCUUGCGGUACGGGGCAUCGUCGAGCUCUUCCGUGCUGUCAAUUGCGAGGAUAAGGUCAACCAGAAGAUCCUUGCCUUUUCUGUCUCGCAUGACCAUACCUCGGUCCGGAUCUACGGCCACUACCCGGUAAUAGCUGGGAAAGAUAUCAAGUACUACCGCCAUCCGAUCCACAAAUUCGACUUCACUGCGCUUGACGGAAAGGACAAAUGGACGGCAUAUCGAUUCACGAAGAACGUCUACGACACAUGGAUGCCCAAGCAUUUCGAGAACAUCUGCUCUGCCAUCAACCAGCUGCCGUCGGAUUUGGACUUUGAUGUUCCGCCGCUUUCCGAGGCGACUGGGCUUUCCCAGGAUUUAGGUAACUUAAUGCGGUCAGAUACCAGCUGCGCUUCUAUACCUGACGAGCGGGGCAGCCAGUCGAGCAAUGCCGAGCAGCAAGCGGUGACUCCAGGUACCUCAUUCAGUAAGCCGAAGAGGAGGAAAGGAUAA